UGAAUAAAUAAUAAUAAUGUUGCGCUGUUGCCAAGUCGUGUGAGAUAUUUAUUUAGCGACAUUGAAUAGUUGGUGGAUUAAGAGUAUGGUGAUUGUGCAAUUUCGAGGGGAAUUCGCGAGAUCGGAGGGUGAGAUUGACUCUCACCGACACACAAAUACAAGGAACACCAUGUACAUAUAACCGGCUUUGCUUUUUAUCAAAUUGGUAUUGAGUGUCUGGCAAUGGAAGGAUAAAAUCAGAGAGAAGGAGUUGAUAUUAUUUCGUCUGUUCAUUAACAAAAUUUUUCAUUAUUAUUAAUAAUAAUUGCAAUAGGCCUAAAAUAAUAUUUUAAUUUAUCAAUAAUUGCUUAAUAUUAAAUUAUUAUUUAAUUAUAUAAUUGUUGGCUAUUUUAUUUAUUUAUUUAUAUUUUAUUUUGUGUGGAAAAAUGUCUGUGAUGGGAAAGCCGGUACUGUACUCAUACUGGAGAAGCUCCUGUUCCUGGAGAGUGCGAAUUGCAUUGAAUUUAAAAGAAAUACCUUAUGAUAUUAAGCCAGUUAGUCUGGUUAAAGGAGGUGGUGAACAGCAUUGCAAUGAAUUUCGUGAGGUAAAUCCAAUGGAGCAAGUGCCUGCUCUUCAUAUUGACAAUCAUACCCUGAUUGAAUCAUUGAAUAUAAUGCAGUACUUGGAAGAAACACGACCACAUCGUCCAUUGCUACCAGCAGAUCCAGUAAAACGUGCAAGAGUUAGAGAAAUAUGUGAAGUCAUAUCAAGUGGUAUUCAGCCACUUCAAAAUUUGGUUGUAUUAAUUUACGUUGGUGAAGAACGUAAAAAAGAAUGGGCACAACAUUGGAUAACACGUGGUUUUACUGCUGUUGAAAAAUUAUUAUCAUCAAGUGCUGGCAAAUAUUGUGUUGGUGAUGAUAUAACAAUUGCUGAUUGUUGUCUGGUACCACAAAUAUUUAAUGCAAGAAGAUUUCAUGUUGAUUUACGUCCAUUUCCAACAAUACUACGUGUUGAUCGUCAUUUAGAAAAUCAUCCGUCAUUUACUGCUGCACAUCCAAAUAAUCAACCAGACUGUCCACCAGAAGCUACCAAGUAGCAAGCAAGGCAGACCACACUUUUUUUAUUUUAGAUUUUAAAUUAUCUAAAAUAUACAUAAGUCGAUGGUCAACGUAAUAUUUUUAUAUAUUCAAUACAUAUUGUGGCUCAUUUAAUGAUAUUUAUUUUAUAUAAACAAUUACCUCAAUUAAUUCAUAUAAAAUUAUACAAUAAUAAUUUAUAAUUUAUUGUAACAAUUUAUAUUAUAUUUUUCUUUUUUUUUUUUAUAAUUAAUAAUAUUGUAAUAGUUGGGUAUUUUUUUGAGCUGCAUUUUUACAAUUUAUUAUUUUAUUUCAACUUGAAUAAUAUUCCAUUUUUGUAUAUUUAUUUUUUGAUUAAUUUAUAUUAUAACAAUAACUGCUCAAUAGUAACAAACAAACAUAAUGAAAAAUAGAAAAGUACAAAAAAGCUAUUUGUUUAUUUUAAUAAUAAUGGUUAUUUAUUUUUUAUAUUUAUUUAAUAAUUUUUUUUUAUUAAUCAAUUAAUGUUUUUUUAGUAUUGAUAAAUGAAUAUUUGUGAAAAAUAUUUGGAGAUCUUGACAUUAAUGUACAGUAUCCAUUUACAAUAAUAAAUAUAUCUUUGCAAAGAUUAA